AUGAGUUCUAAACUCAAAGCUAUUCGAGCUGGACAUCGUGGUGCAGUCACGAAAUUACUGAAGCGAGUGAGCGGAAAUGUCGAGGAGUUAUUGAAGGAAUACGAUGUCAAUGAAAUUAUUUCAAUCAGGGAAAUGAUACGGAAGAAGGAAACAGUUAUCUCGGAACUCAACGACAAAAUUGUGGAAGAAAUUUCGGAAGAGGAUAUUCAAGAAGAGAUAGAAGAAGCCGACAGGUAUGAAUUUGAUAUUCAAAUUACUUUAACAAAAUUAUCAAAAGUAAUCCGGGAAGCAGAUAACACAACAGAAUUUACACUUUCAAACAACCAAAUAAACCCGACUCCAGUAAGUUUCACGCCAGCAAAUAAUUCUUCAUCUACAUUUUCAAACUCCAGUAUGUACCAUAAAUUACCAAAGCUUACCCUACCCACGUUCGGAGGAAAUAUACUGGAAUGGCAGCCAUUUUGGGAUUCCUUUUGUGCAGCAGUUCAUGAAAAUUUGUCCUUAAACGACGUUCAGAAGUUUAACUAUUUAAGGUCUCAGUUGAACGGAGAAGCAAGCCAGUGCAUUUCAGGAUUACAAAUUACAAACACAAAUUACGCUCAAGCCCUAAAUGUAUUGAAACAGAGAUUCGGUCAACCUCACAAAAUUGUGAAUGCCUAUAUGCAAAGCCUUAUUAGUCUACCCAGUCCAUCCGCGAAUAUUAGAGAGUUAAAGAACUUUUACGACAGUAUGGAGAAUUACAUUCGAGGUCUUGAGGGAAUGGGACAAACACAUGAAUCGUACGGGAGCCUUCUAGUACCAAUUAUCUUAAAUAAAAUUCCCGGAAACAUCCGACAAAAUAUGGUACGCAUUCACGGAAAUGACAGAUGGAAUUUACAGUUGCUACGUGACGCAAUUCAGCAUGAAAUUACAAUCCAAGAAGCAGGUCAGUCAUUAAAUUGUUACGAAUCAGAAUCAGAAUAUACACCUACGUCGGCAUUUAUAGCGAGUACAAAUCGAAAUUAUGAUUCAAAAAAUAGAAAUUUAACCAGCAAACCCUGUAUUUAUUGUAACGACAUUCACGCUCCAACUGCAUGCAUGAAAGUUAAAAAUCUUGAUGACAGAAAGCGCACAAUUAAGGAGAAACAAUUAUGCUUUAAUUGUUUAGGAAGUCACAGAAUUGCACACUGCAAAUCCAAGAAAACCUGUAAAAAUUGCAGUAAACGACACCACACGAGUAUUUGCAACUUAAAUGAGCAGCAUACGCAAGACAAAGCAAAAACAGAAACGGAUAAUUGUAAAAUAGUAAAACCAGACAGCAAUCACACAGUAGCAUUAGCGACAUCAAUAAGAGCUCAAGUACUUUUAAAAACCGCAAUAUCUACAGUAUCGUCCAACGAAAACCAUUCAAGUCAAGCAAACAUCCUAUUUGACGAAGGUGCACAGCGCAGUUUUAUUACCAAGGAUAUGGCAGAUAAAUUAAACUUGAAACCAGUGAGAAAUGAAGUUAUAACAGUUUCCGGAUUCGGUGAAACAAAUACGAAGGUAAGACAUCUUCAAGUGGCUACUGUUUAUUUACGAGCCGAGACUAAAGAAUUAAUACCAAUUAAUGUACUUAUCGUUCCAAAGAUUGCUCACCCUAUACAAACAUACUCAAGAAAUCAGUCACAUUUUCCGUACUUAAAAGGAUUCAAAUUAGCACACCCGGUAUCACGUGACGAAGACUUUGAAGUUUCUAUCUUAAUCGGGGCUGAUUACUUUUGGGAUAUUGUAGAGGACAAAGUCAUUCGGGGACCUGGACCAACCGCAGUGAAAUCAAAAGUCGGGUACCUUUUAUCUGGACCUAUAUAUCAGAAUUCACAAAAUAACACUCCGUCAUCUUCAUCCAUCUUGAAUAUUUUAACUCCACACAGGCAUGAAGAAUGUGAAAUACACAAGUUUUGGGAAAUUGAGUCCAGUGGAACAGAAGACAACUUUGAAAUAACCAAAAAAUCUGCACAAGACGAAAUGAUCAGUUACCAAGAAUCUAGUAUCUAUCUCGAAGGGAACAAGUAUAUUGCAAAAUUCCCAUGGAAACCUGAACACCCAGAGUUGCCUAGCAACGAAAUGAUAGCCCGGAAAAGAACUUUUAGUGUUAUUAAUCGUCUCGCCAAAGAACCCGAAUUGUUAAAACUGUAUGGAGAAAUCAUAAAUGAACAAGAAGAAAGAGGAUUUAUUGAGAAAAUUAAGACAUCGGAAAACAAUACUACAAGCCGUAUCCAUUACAUACCACACCACCCAGUGAAAAAAGAUUCGCUAACCACUCCUAUACGCAUAGUUUACGACUGA